UUUUUUCCUUUUUUCCUUUUUUUAUUUUGUUAAUUCUCCCUGCUCCACCAACAGACACUUUUGAAAAAAGUUGCACCCCCAAAAUUAAAGAAACCUCCAGUUUAUUAUUUUUGAUUUUUAAAAGCUUCUCGCGAGCAACAGGUGAUUUUCCUUCUUUCUUCGUCAUUUUUUUUUGUCCAUGUAGAGUGAAAAAACAUGCCGUUGCUACAUUGACAGCGCGCAGCGAUGAUCGUGUCCAACGUGAGUCUGAGCGGCUGCGCGGGGCUCAACAGCGCGCUGUGCGCCGCCGCCGGGGAGGCGCACCUGCACGGGGACCGGAGCACGCUCUCCCCGACAGGACACCUGGUGGUAGCUGUGUGUCUGGGCUUCAUCGGCAGCUUCGGGCUCACCAACAACCUCCUGGUGCUGGUGCUGUUCUGCCGCUACAAGAUGCUGCGCUCCCCCAUCAACCUGCUCCUGAUCAACAUCUCCAUCAGCGACCUGCUGGUCUGCGUCCUGGGGACCCCGUUCAGCUUCGCCGCCAGCACGCAAGGUCGCUGGCUCAUCGGAGAGCGCGGCUGCGUGUGGUACGGAUUCGCCAAUUCGCUUUUUGGCAUCGUGUCCCUGAUCUCCCUCGCCGUGCUCUCCUUCGAGCGCUACAGUACCAUGAUGGCCCCCACGGAGGCAGACUCAUCCAACUACCGAAAGAUCUCACUGGGCAUCACCUUGUCCUGGGUCUACUCGCUUGUGUGGACUGUGCCGCCCCUCUUUGGCUGGAACCGCUACGGCCCAGAGGGUCCCGGAACCACCUGCUCCGUGGACUGGACGGCCAGGUCCGCCAACUAUGUGUCCUACAUCAUCUGCCUCUUCAUCUUCUGCCUCAUUGUGCCUUUCAUGGUGAUUGUCUACUCCUACGGGAAGCUGCUGUACGCCAUCAGACAGGUGAGUGGAAUCAACGCGUCAAUGAGCAGAAAGAGGGAGCAGCGGGUGUUGCUCAUGGUGCUGAUAAUGGUGGUCUGCUACCUGUUUUGCUGGCUGCCAUACGGCAUCAUGGCACUGAUGGCGACGUUUGGACCGCCAGGUCUGGUCACGCCGGUUGCCAGCAUCAUUCCGUCAGUCCUGGCCAAGACCAGCACCGUGAUCAACCCGGUCAUCUACGUCUUCAUGAACAAGCAGUUCUACAGAUGCUUCAGAGCUCUUCUUCACUGCGAGACUCCACGCCGAGGGUCAAGCAUUCGGAGCUCCUCUAGGGUCGCCACUAAAGCCGUUCGAGGAGUCGCCAUCGCAGGUCAGCGGCGAACCAACGACUUCCUGUUCAUGGUUGCCUCCAUCGGUCGGCCGGCGGCCACCGUCCCAAAACUGGGCCCCACAUGUGAACCCACUAUUGACAGCACCAAAGCAGCCUCCUCUGACAUCAACAAACCCGCCGCGGUGUCGCUAGUCGCGCGCUUUGACGGCUGACGGCGUUUGAAAUGGCCAGGUAUGAAGUACCAGGAUGCUUUUGCUCAGAUGUACAUGGCUGCGGACUGCCAUUCCCGAUGCAUGAGCAUCAGCAGGGAGCAGCAGGCAAGCUGACGCGGCUCUAGGGAAAACUCAAAUCUCGACACCGGAGCUGGUUUUUCCUGCAGAAAACUCACUCAUCUUUUUCAUCGAGUGCAAUGAAAUGUUUCAUUUGAACAUCAUUGAUCGCCAUAAUAAACACGUCUUUGGAAGUUUAUUUUUCUACUAUUGUGACAAACACAAUCCAGCACUCAUACACACGGAACAAAAUGUACAUUUGUUUGUACUAUAAAACUGCAAAAACUGUCAAGUGUCUUUUCCAGGUUUUCUUACGAGGAAAUAUCUGUGUUGUCUUUUAUAUUGCUUCAAAAAAAGUCGUACAAAGAUGUCAUGAAAGUAUUACAAUCUCAAAGAAUUCAAGCAUUAUGCAGCAUUUCAGCUGUUUUCCAUUUUUAUUUUGCUUCGACGCCAUUUAGUCCCCAACGCAUGCAUCACUAAUUCAACUCACCGCCGACGAGGAAUGUACGACAGCGGAUUUUAAUGACAAAUUCGCGACACUUUAAUUGGUGUUCUUGUACAUGAGGCAUUGAUAGCAACUUUUUAGGAGGAGAAAAGUGCAUGUUGAAGUCACUUCAAUGAUGUGCAUGAGUAGCAUUUGUGAUAUACGGUUGGGAACCAGCAGCACUGAUCCGACUCGGUUAGAAACUAGCCUUGGACGUCUCCGCUUUAAAGCAACACUAUGAGGUUUGUUCGCCUGCAAUCCAGAUAAAUUUGAUUCCCAUUUCAUGAAUGAAUACAUGCAAAGUGAAACAACAACGGCAGCAGAUGAAGAUGCCUGGAUUUUAAAGUUCUAUAUUCAUGCCGUGGCACUUUUAUUUAUUAUCUGUAGCACUUAUGGGCGGUGUUGGAAAAUGUGUUUGCGCUGACCAGGAUUAUCACCACGCAAAACCCCCCAAAUCCUUCAUGGAUUAAUGUGGAAUGGGAUUAAUGAACACGUAAGUAUAUUAUUCAUUCAUUUUUUUUCAUGAAUGUGGUUAACAGCAACACACUUUCAAAUAUGACAGAAGUGUGUGUGAGCUCCCUCGUAGUGUUGCUUUUACGUGUGGUUCAGUCGAACCAUAUUUCAGGGUUAUUUGCAUGUCUACCAGUCACAGCCCCCUUUAAUGAUGGCCAAAGUGUUGCACUUGUCAGUGCAUGUGAACACGGACCAGCAUGUGCCCAUGCUCUCUGGCGCUUCUGGGUUUUUCCUUACCAAACGCUGUUUCCGUAAUUCGGAUAAUCAUCUAAUGUUGGUCACUUUACGCGCGUUUAUUUGAGCUUUGGUUUGAUGCAAAGUGCUGUUAUUGUCGAAUGUAUCACGACCACAAACAUUUUGUGAAGAAACUUGUCGCACAUUGACGGGUUAUUGUGCCAAAAAACAAAAAAGAAGAAGUGUACAAAGCGAAACUU